GAUAUUAUGUGUUAAAUGUGUCCCAUUUUCCCCUUCCUACUACAUGUUACGUUACAGCAUCGCUUAGACUUUGCGGGUUAGCCGACUUCCAUUUGGAUUAUGAAGAAGUUGUUGGUUUUUGUUGCCACCCUUGUAUUCGUGAGGUUGACGGGUGGAGACAACAACCCCCAACCAUCAGUGAGGGAAGCCACAGUUAUGAACGAAGACGAGAAGUUAUACGCCUUGUUCAUGCACAACGAGGCUCGUGGGAGGGCGAACCCGAGCGCUAGCAACAUGGUGCGAAUGAUCUGGGACAAAGCGUUGGAACAAGACGCUAUAGAGUAUUCAAGGAAAUGCAUCUAUGAGCACGACCCUGACCGUAGCGUGGGUCGAAAGUUCAACCAUGUCGGUGAAAAUCUGUACAUUGGGUUUCCAGCUCUUGGACCGAAGGAGUUUUUAAAAGUUUCAAUCGAUUUUUGGAAUAACGAAAGAUUUAAUUACACCUUUGAUACCAAUGAAUGUACAUUACUAUGUGGGCAUUAUACGCAGAUGUUAUGGGACGAUACAUUUGCUUUAGGGUGCGGGAUAUCCUUAUGUAAUAAUAUAGACGCCGGAGAUAGAGUUCUGGAUAUUGGCCAACUGCUUGUAUGUAGGUAUGGCCCAGCGGGAAAUAUAAACAACAGACGGCCCUAUGUUCGGGGUACAUACUGCGCUGUAUGCCCACGUGAUUACUGGUGUGAAGGGAACCUAUGCACCCGCAGUGCUGGCCGGAGGUUGUGUGUUAAUUAUGGCUUUGUUAUGCUUCUAUGUAUGCUUGUGCAAUUAGUUUGCAGCUUGUGUUAGUUAGAUCUUUCUCGCAGCGUACA